AUGUGGAACAGAACACCGAAAAAAUACGAUAAUGUUUCUGUAAUUCUAGAAAAAUUUGCACUUGUGUACGCGACUAUCCGAACGAAGGACGCGACUGACAAGUCUGGGGGUGAGACACCCUUUGCGUCACGUGACGGGCGACCUUCAGGCGGCGCACCGACCUUGAGUGCCGAUCGUCCCGCGCGGGUCAGAGGUGAAUGCACGCGGCCCGUCCCGCGCGGCUCCCCCAUCGCCGGCCCAGACCACCUAAUUUCACUCACCUCGCAUCUGUAA